UUGAUGUGCUACUAUGUAUCAGGAGCGUGUUUCCAAUGUUGCAUACAAUGUUGUAAAUGGUCUUUGCAGUCCUAUAAAAGAUCAAUCAGCUCCUGUAUAUAUAACCAUUGGCGAUGGAGGAAAUCUUGAAGGCUUAGCAACCAAUAUGACAGAACCACAGCCAGAGUACUCAGCAUUCCGAGAGGCCAGCUUCGGACAUGCUAUUUUUGAGAUAAAGAACCGAACUCAUGCUUACUACGGCUGGCACCGAAAUCAAGAUGGAGUUGCUGUGGAGGCUGAUUCCCUUUGGUUUUACAACAGAUUCUGGCACCCAGUUGAUGAUUCCACCGUUCAUGUUUCACAUUAACACACAGUCAUUGGUCUUUUGAGGAGGGAGAAUACCACCCAAUCUGAUGUCAAUAAAUUCACGAAAUUGAUUGUAUGCCAAUACCAUCAACAUUGAUUAGUAGUAUCUUUGUAUCUUUGUCACAUAAUUGCAAAUUGCUUGCUUCUAUUCUGAAACACUUCACAUUCUCAUCAUGUAAUUUUUGGUGGCACUGGAUAAACACAUAAAACAGUUGCUUAUCAAAUCCAUCAUCCAAUAAACUUCUCAACAUACUUCGGUGCA